AUGUUAGCACGUGCGACCAAUACGGUCCAUAUCUGCCUGCAAUGCCAGAGAAACCUUGCCAGGGCCAGCCUCAAUCCAUCAGGAGCCGCAGAGUCUGGCUACCGUCGUGGACUACGACGAUGGCAGAGCGUAGCGGCACAUCAGCUAGCACACGAAGAAGUCGGCGGAGAUCAUGACGACAACACUAAGCCAUCUCUCGAAAGCGAUAUAAAACGCCAACCAACAACGCCGUCCUGGCCUCAGCCCCGACGUCGAAAUUUUCGAAAUUGGAAGCCCAAACCCACCGCGCAACUUGGGGUCAACUCCCUUGGCCAACCCACCGAGGUGUUGCUUCUGCCCACGAGAGAUCGGCGAAUACCCCAGGUCCCACAGGAUGAAGGGAAGGAAAAGAUGCUGGGCAGCACAUUGCAAGAGUCCAUCGCCUUAGAGAACGUCCCGCUGAACCGCCAGAGGCUGGCAGAGAACAUCGAGCAGGUGCGCUCUCUCGUGGGGAAGAUGCGCGGGCAGCUGGAGGAACACGAGUGGACAACUCUGAAGAGGCACCUGCAGGGCGGGUUUGAAAAAAAGCAAAUGAGAAGGUACAUUCGACUGCGCAAAAGCAACGGCUCCUUUCCCAGGGAUAUCGAGAAAUACAACAAGAGGGAACUGAUUAAAUACUUGGUUGAAGAAGUCUGGGGCUUCACAAUCCCAAUGCAAGACGAGCCCGUCGCUCCCACAACCAAAGAGUCGAACAGAGAAUCGGAGAUGAUUUUCGCCCUGCACGAGUCCGUCAGGUUCGACCAUCUCCUGAUGAAUCCCAGUCAGCCUUUGAAGAGAAUCGCUCAGGAGUGGGAUGUUCAGAUCGAUGUCUAUCCGGAGCAAUUCAAGAUCAGAACGAGGGGAGCCAAAACCAAACUUAACAAAGCGCUGCAAGAAAUUUCUGCCUACGCAAAAAAACUUGGACAGAUUGCCAUACAACUCACGGGAACCCUCGGUGCCAUGUACCGAGAUCCCGCUACGAGGGAGUAUUCGAGUGCGUAUCUGAAGUCAAUCCAACGGAAAUACCAAGGAUUGAGUAUUGGCAUGGACGAGCAAUGCAUCAGAAUUGUCCAUCUUAACAACCCCCGUGGUGCUGACCAGGCUCGCCGCGAGAUCCUGCUUUCUGUGCCUACGGAGAACUCUUUGGGGAAUUCACUCAUCUGGCCGCGAAUGGACCUACCGACAACUAGCCAUCAGCCUUUCCCAACACCACUUGAAUUUCCCGCGUUGUUGCAUCAUUCUCAGUGGCUGAGGCUGGUGUCUACGUCCCAGAGUUCGCAGACUUCCAAUGAUGGUAGUGGCAAGGAUCCUGCACUUGCACCGCUUCUACAAGGUCUCCGGGAUGCAUUUGACCCAGCUUCUAGGACCCGCAAGGCGGACAAUCGGCAAGAACUUUACUAUGAUGUGACUGUCAAAUUUGGGCAAGCUUUGAUGCAAGACUUUCCACAAGCUGUCAAGGGUGCUGUUGUUAAGCCCGUCGCUGUCGAAGCAGAGGAGAAUGAGCGGUCGGCAAGCGUCGUCAUUUCACCCGCUGGCAGACCUGAAGGACUUGAGACUGGCAAAGAAGAUUUAUCAGCAGAGAACCAAACAAGAGUCAAAGCCGACUUGUCCGAGGCGCAGAAGAACACGUCGACUGCUGAAAAUAACGGACCUACUUCUGCGACUACAUUGAAAGCUCAAGGGUCGAUCGGACAAGCUUUCACAGGAGGAAGAUCAGAGCGACCACACCCGACGUACGAAACUCAGAGACGACGUUUCGUGGGCGGAGGACCAUUUCUGGCACAGCACCUUGCACUUAUGGAGCCAUGGAUCGAUUUAACACCAAGCCCUUCCACGGAUAUAGACAAAACAGCUCGUGCCAUAUUGCGUCUCGAGCUUUCGCCCGUUCCAGACGUGAAAGACUCGCCGACUUUCGAAAUAUUUGUGAGCGCAGGCAAAUCCGCAGGUCAAAAAAGACCUCGACUCCAAAUCGUUCGGGUAUCGGCCAUUCAUCAAGAAAAACAUCUUACGGUGUUGUGCCCAGACUCUCACAUGGACAUACAACUCACGCAGCAGCUCAAGCGAGACCUUUCCUACCCUGGCUCUUCCGAGGCUGGAAUCGUGCACUCCUUGGUGACUAGCUUGCGUAGCUAUAUCAACAAUGCGUCCAGCAAAGGUUCCUCGGAUUGGGUGUUUCCGCCAUUCGUCGCUCUACCGGUGCAUCACGAUUUGCGAGAAGCUCACAAACGGACUCAGCGUGCCGUCGGCCAAGAUGAAACGCAGGAAACCCCCAGUGGAGCGGAGACAGCAGGCGAGAAGAAGCCCCAAAGGAGACGGGAAUACAUUCUCCGAUCAGUGGAUGUCGUCGACAUUGAUUCGCGGCUCUUCUCGGUCGAGUCGACCUCCAAAUCCCCCAAGACCAGGUCUGAUACUAGAUCAAGCUCUAAGCGCGCAACUAAGUCGACGGCAAAGUUUUGCUUGGACCACGUUACAUACACGGGCGCAGCUGUUACGAGGCAAGAGCUCCGUCUUGCAGAGCGACCAUUGCUGUGCCCUCCCACGUUGACAGAACCAGACUUGCCCAUGUUGGUGAAGGCAGCGUUGGAUUUGGUGAAACGACUGAGCAACAAUCCUGUGAAGACUCAGAGCCCUUCAGCUAGGAAGACUUCGUGA